AAGAUGAACUCAUCUGCUAGUUUCCUUGCCUUUGCAAUGCUGUUAGCUACUGCUUUCGCUGAACCUGGAAACCGUUACGGAUAGCCAAGUUCUUAUGAGAGAUUCCUUGAAAAGAAAGGCGUGUGGGAUUACAACCGCAACGAGGUACGUUCCGAUUAUGGACGCCGUGGGAAUUACGAGCGCAAUCUCAAUGACCUGUGUGCUGACUGGAGACGUCAAACUCAUUGGGGACAAACGACUACAGAUCCAACAGAUUCCAACAACCAACUGGUGGAUACGGACGUUACGGUUUCCCAGGAGGGAAAUAAAUUUUUGAUUGUGAUUAUAAUUUUUCAGUCAGUAAUAAAUCGAUCAUCAAUUUUAUG